UUAGACAAGACACAACCAACACAACCAGCGCAAAGAUAAACAACAGAUGAGUCUUAGACUAGUUCCUGAAAACAAACAGCCUUCCACCGUCAACUCCACCAAGUUCGGUGAGGUUGCACCUUCAGCUCCAGCGUUGCAGGACAUCUUGAGAACACAACAGGGGCCCCUAAGUAUCAGCUCACAGGUCAAUGGAAGACAUCCUCUGGAGCAACGCAUUGAAGGAUGGGAGCAACGGCAACAAGAGCUCAAGAUGGAGCAAUAUAGACGUGUUUUCGGAAUGGCGGAGCCAAUCAAGCGUGAGAUGGAGUUGAAGAUCGUCGACUCCACCGACUUUGUUCCAAGCGUAUUGGGAGGCUCCUCGAACCUUCAUAGAGACAUCUUGCUAAACAAGGAUUCACGUAUCGACUGGGAGGAUAUCUACACAGGUAACGACUCAGUCAUGGGCUUCCACGCAGAGAUUCAGAAGAAACAUGGAAUCUAGCUCGAACUGGAGAAGAUGUGGUCGUCCCACCCUUUUUACUUAGAAAUAUACCAUAGCUGUGUGUAUCCACCC